CGCACAAAAUUUGCCAGUAGCGAAUUCUAUUGCGAAUAGUUUGGUUCCCAAUAGUACAUACGGGAUUGGUCAAAGAUGGAAAACCUUUCGGUAGCAUUAUUCUUCGGCAUUUUUGCGGUGGUUAACGCUGCCGUGAACUUGAGGGAACCUUCGCGCAACGUUAUAGACGUUGGAGGGAGGGGAACGCUGGAUAAGGUAAAGGUCAUUGGUCACAUGAAAUCUGGGCGAUGCUUGAUAAUCGAAAAUGGGAAGCGUCAAGGUGAAACCAGGGAGCACCAACUCGUUCUUUGGAAGUGUCACGAUGAGCGGAUCAAAGGUUUGGAGCAGGAAAUGUUUUCACUGGUCAAGAGCAACCGAGGAGGAUAUUUGCUGAUGGGGAAUGCAGGGUCGCUGGACAAGUGCGUGGGGGCGGACAUGGGGUACAAUGACCACGUCGUCGUGCGUCCUUGCAAUCCGGACAAGGAGAGCAUGUCGUGGGUGUUUCGACGCGUGGACCUCUCCUCGAAUGCGUACCAGUUGGUGCAGAUGUCGACGGGGCGCUGUAUGCGUGCCCCUGGACUACACGACGGGGCUUGGGUUCGAGUCGGUGACUGCGACCUCAGCGACGAACGCCAACUCUGGCAAAUAUGUGGGUUGGACGGAACCUGUGAUUUUUAAGUUUUAAUCUUUAUUUAUUCACCUGAUAGUUAUGUCCUUAUCGUUAUGUUAAUAUCCAUAUUUCGCCCAUCUCCCCACAUUGUCAGUGUUAUAAUAGUUGUAAACACUGCUAAAUAAGCUCCCAAAAACAUUGUAAAAUUAAUAAAUAUUUAUGCUCACUUUUGUA